CUCGAUUUGAGCCAAUCGCGCAAGAGGAGCAAAGGGAAGCUUUUCUUUUUUGAAGCGCUGGUGGGCGGAGAAGAUGCUGCAUCAGUACACAGGUAGCAUACCUAGCAAGGCUUUCUGGGUCUGUUGCUAUCUUGAACUCAUAAAAUGAAAGAGAAAUCUACAUGCCUCGAAGGAAAAGAGACAUCAACAUGACAACUGCAAGAACAUAUUCCUUCACUUAUAAACAGCUCUGGGAAGAAGCUAAAGUUCAUUCUAAGAAAUGGAAAAAGAGAACCAGGAUGAAGGUAUCAGAUGAACUUGGACCUUGCAGUUCAUUUCACAGAGAGAGGGACGAGGCAGAAGAGCUGAGUGAGAAGGACGUCUCUGAGCUAGAACUUUUUCCAGGGGAGCUGGAAAGGGAGGAGAGUGCGCUGGACACCACCGACCAAGAAACCGUCUUGUGUGAAGAAGAGAGCAGGAAAAGUUCGUGUGUCAGCACGGCUGGGAAGAAGAAAAGGAAGAAAAAAAGAUGACCAGUGAUAAAUCUGAGCAACUGCAAAUAUGAGAGCGUACGGCGAGCUGCUAAGAUGUGCGGCCUCCGGGAAGCCAGCGACUUGGAUGACUGGACCCUGUAUUGGACCGAUUAUUCAGUCUCACUGGACCGGGUGCUGGAAAUGAAAAGUUAUCAGAAAAUAAAUCAUUUCCCAGGGAUGUGUGAAAUCUGUCGGAAGGAUCUUCUGGCUAGGAACAUGAGCAGGAUGCUAAAACUUUUCCCCAAGGAAUUUAAUUUCUUCCCUAGGACCUGGUGUCUUCCUGCUGAUUAUGGAGAACUGCAGACUUACAGCAGGUCAAAAAAGAAUAAGACCUUCAUCUGCAAGCCGGAUUCUGGCUGUCAAGGUAGAGGCAUCUACAUCAUGAGAUCUGUGAAAGAUAUCAAACCAGGAGAAGAUAUGAUCUGCCAGCUCUAUAUCUCAAAGCCUUUUAUUAUUGACGGGUUCAAGUUUGAUCUUCGGAUUUACGUGCUGGUAACAUCAUGUGAUCCCCUGCGGAUAUUUAUUUAUAAGGAAGGUCUGGCUCGUUUUGCAACCUCCGCUUAUUCGGAUCCAUCCCUCAGCAACUUGGACGACGUCUGCAUGCACCUGACUAAUUAUUCAAUUAACAAACACAGCGCUAAUUUUGUGCGAGACGACGAUUCUGGUAGCAAGAGGAAGCUCUCUACCUUUAAUAAGCACAUGGAGGAAAAUGGCUACGAAAUCGAACCGAUAUGGAAGGACAUCGAAGAGGUGGUGGUGAAAACCCUGAUAUCAGCCUAUCCCAUCAUCAAACAUAACUAUCUCACCUGUUUCCCCAACCACACCAUGGGAAGCGCUUGCUUCGAGAUCUUGGGGUUUGAUAUUUUACUGGAUCACAAACUCAAACCAUGGUUGCUUGAGGUGAAUCAUUCUCCGAGCUUCAGUACCGAUUCGUGGCUCGACACAGAAGUGAAAGACCAACUCCUGUAUGACACUCUGGUUCUGAUAAACUUGGGAGCCUGCGACAAGCGGAAAGUCUUGGAAGAAGAGAGGCGGCGAGGAAAAGAAAGACUUUUCAAGCAGUGCCGUAAUCGGGAAUCGAGGGCCGAGGAAUACAAGAAUUGCCGAGCAGCUUGGCUUAAGCAAGCAGAGAAAUAUGAGGAGAAACACAUCGGGGGUUACCGCCGAAUUUACCCCGCUCCUGAUUCGGACAAAUACGAUAAGUUUUUCCAGCACCACAAUUCGCUUUUCCAAGAGACAGCAGCUUCCAGAGCACGGGAAGAGUAUGCCAGGCAACAACUCCAAGAGUUACGCCUCAAGCAGGAACAAAAAGCAGCUCUGUCAAGGGAAAAAAAAGUAGAACUCCAGGGAGAGUCCAGCGGAGAGAAGAUAAAGGUUUACCGGCAAAAGAUGGUAUCCAGAACGACUGUGGCGAGAGCCUGUGCCCAGCCUCAGUCUGAGCCCGGGACUGCUGUUCUGCUUCAAAACUUCUCGGACGAGCAGGAACCCAAGAAAGAAGCUGUCUGUGUGAAUCCAGAUCCCUUGCAACCGGACGGCCCUGGGUCAAACAGCUGUCUAAGAACACGCGAGAAACAUCCUGUGAGGCCUUACAGUUCUGAGCCUGAUCUUACGAGACAGAACUCACCCAGUACUGCAGAGCCGUGUAACUCGAACCCAGAACUGGGGGAUACCAUUAGCAGCCACCGCUCUGCAACAGAUGUGAACAUCAUCCCAGUACUCCAGUCACCAGAUGAGUUUCCCAGAAUAUUUGAAAAAGAAAGCCCCAGCCCUCCCAAGCAGCUUCCAAAGAUGUGGCAGCCUCGUUCCGCCAGUGCCAUGGCAGCUAGACGGCCUUUCUGCAACUCCGCAUCGGUUAAAAACAUUCAGCUUUUCAGAACCGGGCAUGGCCAAGUGCAUGCUCAUGAAAUCAUAGCAUCCCCACGUUUACCUGUCCAAAAGUUGAGAAUGAAUUCCUCAAAGAGCCACAGCAGAAAGAGAACUAUGUUGGUCUCAGAAUUAUUCAACAAGGUCAAUUUUACCCCAGCGGAAAACCCUCUCAGGCUUUCACAUCAACACCAGCCGUGUCCACUCACCAACAGAGCACAAAGCGCCCUCCUCCCGAGAGAUCUCCAUCUGAGCAGUAGGAACUCGUCCUACAGAAGGCAGGCAAAAGGCCACAAUAUUCACUUCAACGUACGAAAUCCAGUCUUUCCACAGCACAGCUUGGAAGACCUCCUGGAUCUGAGUGAAGCUUUUGCAAACAACAAAGGGAGGCUCUGGAACCCAAAAUGUGCUCCUUUUAUUGGACAUCUGUUGUCACUUUGAACUGUAUCCUUUCCAAAUGUACUCCUAUAUAAAGGCGCUCCAUGCACCUGAUGAAAUUUGGCAUGUCAAAGAGGUUGGGUCUUUGUAGACCAAGUGGGUUUUGAAAUAAUGGACACUCCUGGCGCUCUGGUCCCUGAAGAAUUAUCUGAUUGAUGCCGUUGCUGUUUUGCCAUCUGAAAAAAAUUCUCUUCCGUUCAUUCCCAUGAAGGUGGCUGCUGUAUUAAGCCAACUUCGGAUACUAGAGUGUUACCCUUCUGUGUGGCUUUGUCAUAACCUCUUCAAGACGUACAGUCGCGUUUCCAUGCUUUGAAAAAUGAUUCCCAGCAGCCAAACUGGACGUACUUUGCAGUUGCAUGAUUCUUUCACAUGAAAAUCAGCUUAUACUGCAAGAAGAACGGUUCCGGGGGAUGGUCUGGUAACCUUCUUUAUCUCUUUGUCCACAAAUACCCAACUCGUGGGGGGAUAAACGAAAUCCCCGUGUUUCCACCCCCCCCCCCACCAGAGGAGAAGAGCAACUGCUGGACCAGUUUUGAAAAGGCAAACAGCUGGUGGGAAAAGAAUGAUGUAGCUCCAUCUUCCAAGGUUCUUCCGCUCCCACUGCUGAGACUUUCAUAACACACUCCCCCACCCCCUGGAAAAAACCCCAUCAGGGAACAGAGAUUUAUUUUAGCAUAUAGUUAAUAGAAUCUCAAUAAAGAUUCAAGCACAGAGGGGUGGGACUUCUCCCACUGGAAUAAAACUAUCUUGUAU